UAAGAGUAUGAAUGCAUGAAUGGUAAUAAUUAUGAUUUAUUUAAAAUGUAAGUAGGGUUUUUAUAUUUCUAUAUAUAUUCAUAUUAUUGUUGUUAGUUUAAUACUGAGUGUCUGAGUGUCUGUGUGACUAUGUAUAUGUAUGAUCGAAAGGUGGGAGCUGAAAGAAGAGAUGAAUUUCGUAAUUUAAUAUAGGGUGCUGAAAUACUAAAUACGGCCUUGGGCAUAUCUAAUGGCUAAAGUUGACAAAUGUCGUCUCUAAGUAUUGAAUUUGCCAACAAUUACAUCAGUUCAAAAAAAGUGAAAUAUAUUCAGUACUGAAACUAAUGUAGGUACUUUAUUUUUUAUAGCAGAGUUUCUUCAAUAUUAUUCUUAUAUUUGUAUUAUAAGAUUUAUGUGUAACAGGUUUUAGGUAUGAAGUAAAAACAAAUUAUAUAUUUUAAUUUUAUACCAAAGUUUUCGUAAACACAAACAUAUAUUAUUUAAAAAAAAAUCUUUACGUGCAUCUACCUAAAUAGGUAAAAACCUAACCUAACCUGACAAUAUCUAUCACAAUACCACAAACUCAACUCUCAAGAUGGAUUUUAAGUUUAUAUUAUCUUUUGCUCAAACAGCUGUCAUCAUUGCGUUAUUACAGACAAUAUGGAACAAAUAGUCAAGAUUUUUGUACAUCAAAGUUACUUCAUAGAAAAUGAUUUAGUUGUUGACUAUAAUGUGGAACAAGAAGCUCUUAUUAAUGUAUCCCCUAAAGAUUGGAUAGCAUUAAUACCUAAAGGGUGGUCUGGAGUAGAUGAACAAGUUGCUUAUAAAACUAUUGAUAGUGAUUGUGAUGUAGCAAAUUUAGCAAUUAAAUCAGUUAUCAUGGAGAAAAAGUGUUUCCAAGAUGUUGUCAAGUGUGAGAAACAUUAUCAACUAAUGUAUAUUAGCCAAUAUUUAGAGAUAUUAGGAAGAAGUGAAUACUUCACAUUUCUUCACCAAUCUGGAACUUGCAAUUGUAUUUCUUCCUCUAUACAAAAUGAAACUAAGGAUAAUUUUAAGCAAAGUCGAUUAUCUUCAACCUCUAGCCGCAACAAACCAUUACGUAGACAAUCGCCAACACCACGUGCAUUUUACAAAAAUCGACCUCAGUCACAAAAUAGUGUUGCAAAAAGUGAAAAAUUAAAACCAAAACAAUGGUCCACAAAUAAAUGUAUUAAAUGUAAUGCACCAAAUAACUUUUCAGCACUUGAAAGUGCAUACCUUGCAAAAAUUCAAGAUUUAACAACAAAUAAUGAAGUAAUGGAGCAACGUUUAUUGACAUUUGAAAAAGAUUUAGUUCAAACAUUGGAAGUAGUUAAUAAACAGUUCAAAUUAAGCACAGCCAUUUCACAACAAAAACGUAACAUUCAAAAAUUUAUUGAUGAUUUGGUUGAUGGCUUAGUUAAUGACGGCAGGAUAACAUUUUGGGCCCAUGAUCAAGAAUUUUCAGUUGUUAGAGAAUUUCCAGAAAAAAACCAAAUCUCUCCUCUGGCAGAUGAUUGCACAUUGUCCAUUAAUAAAUCACUAAAUUCGUCCAAAGAGGUUUAUAUGAAAGCUAUUAUUGGCCAACAAGAGGAAACUAUUCAACAUCUUGUUGAUAAAAUAAAGAAUUUGUUUGAUCUUUUCCUUAAAGUAAACUCACAGACAAAUGAACAAAAUAAGUCAGAUUUAACUUCGUCUGAAAGUAAAAUAAAUAAUAUAGGUUAUAUGGAUAGUUCAGGAACUACAUAUUAUUCACCUCCAUCAUAUAUAACUAAUACUUUGAACGAUAUAAAUUUGUAUUUGACCAAUACUGUAAAUUAUGAUCAUAGAAUUGAAAAAUUUGGGAUAAAUGAAAAUGUUUGUAACUGGACAAAUAACACUUUUAAUGAUAAUGAAUUUCCUGUUACUCUUGAAUCAAAUGUAAUACCUACAUUAAGUAAUGAAGUCAAAGACAAAAUACUGGCCUUUGAAGAUUGUAAAAAAGAAAAAAACCAAUUUACAUUAUAUAAUCUAUCGUCUGAAAACUAUAUCAAUGAAAAAACAAAUGAAUUGAGCAUUAAACAAUAAAUAGGACACAAAUGAUGAUUUGGAUGAAAAUGUUUCUUGAAAUCGUCAUUUUAUAAUUUUAUAUGUAAUGAUACUGGAGUUCAGUUACUUUGGAGUUUUUUUGUUAUUUUUUUUCAUAAUUCAUUAAUAAUAUAUAAUC